AACAUGUUAUAGGAAAGCGUCAUUUGAUUUGGAAAACUUGUAGGACGCAGUCGACAAUCCAAGAUGGUAAAGAUCCAAGUUUUGGCUUUACUAGCCAUCGUCUUUUGUUUCACAUUGCAGAGUCAAGCAUCUCCGCUUGCCCUGCGUGAGGAGAACGACGGAGAGGAAACCGAUCGAGAAUUUGAAGAUGCUUUCGAAGAUGCUUUCGAGGCAGCACUGAACGAAGAAGAGGCCCGACAGUUGGAAAAUGUCGAAGAAGCUCGUAAUUUUGAAGAAGAUGAUGACGAAGUAGCCCGAACUUUACGCGAGAUUGCCGACACAGCAACCGAUGAAGAAUUCGAAGAUGCCUUUGCUGCCGCAUUGCAAAAAAGAGUGGCGCGAAAUUUCCAAAAUUUCGAAAAUGUCGAAGAAGCUCGUAAUUUUGAAGACGACGAUGACGAAGUAGCGCGAGCUUUACGCGAGAUUGCCGAGACGGCAACUGAUGAAGAAUUCGAAGAUGCCUUUGCUGCCGCAAUGCAAAAAAAAGAAGCGCGAAAUUUUGAAGAAGAAAUGGAUCUCAGUGAAGAUGAUCAAUCUGAAUAUGAGCGACAAAUUUCCGCUGAUUUUGAUAUUACGCCACCAAAAGAAAACGAAGUUCGUCAGGUACCUGAACCAGUAGUACCUGUAGCAGUGGUCCCUGCACCAGUAGUACCUGCGCCAGUGGUCCCUGCACCAGUAGUACCUGCGCCAGAGGUCCCUGCACCAGUAGUACCUGCGCCAGAGGUUCCUGCACCAGUAGUACCUGCGCCAGUGGUCCCUGCACCAGUAGUACCUGCGCCAGUAGUACCUGCACCAGCACCAGUAGAACCUGCACCAGUACCAACCGGCAAACCCAGGACAACCGAACCGCUGCGACUAAGCCAACUCAUUGUUAGGCCUAUGUUAAUUAAACGUUGUCAAGGCGCAACUAAUUACUCUGUCGGACAUUGCGCGAAAUAUCUUUCCUGCGGUAGGCAAUUGUUCCGUGGAGCUGUCAGGACUUGCGAAUCUGGACAGCUUUUUGACGCUGUUCUCAAGAAAUGCAAUGACGCAGAGAAAGUAGAUUGCAACAUCCGAACUUAAUCAUUUGAAUAUUAAACGAAAAACCAUAGUUUCUAUAGACUGACGUGUACCACCUUACUGUAUCACUUCCAAGUUUCUUUCUUCACUUCCCAUUUUUACUUUUCCCAAAACUUCAAUCUAAAAAGACAACUGUCAAAAUUCCAAUGAUUUGAAUACAUCCUUUCUGCAUUCAUGA